UAGGUCUCAUCGUGCUAAAAGGUCUUUACUCUUCAAUACCGCGGCAAAGCAUUGAGACGAGAACAUCAUCGGUGGCUCGAGUGACUAGUGAGUGACCCAAUCUCAAACCACAGAGAAUCAAAAUACCCAAAGGUUGCACCUUUUAAUCCGCAAAUGUUUCGAAAGCUCUGUUCUUCUUCAUUCUCUCGCUCCAUCAUCUUCCCCAACAAACCCAUCUUCUUCAUCUCCUCCCGCUCUUUUCCCAAACCUCUCCGUCAUCACUCUUACUCCUCCUUGAAAAUGACCGAUACCCAUAUCCCCGAUAACCCCAAUUCGUCUUCUUCCCCGAUUCAAUCUCCCACCAAACCCGAAUCGCUUCGUUCCCUCGAGUUUCAAUUAGGUUCUUCAUUCACCGUCGAUCCAAUCAUCCCACCGCCGAAUCAGAUCAUCAUCGUCGUCAGUGGUCCGAGCGGGGUCGGCAAAGACGCAGUGAUCAACAAGCUUCGUGAGGUUCGUCAAGGUCUACAUUUCGUCGUUACAGCAACUAGCCGUCCGAUGCGACCUGGUGAAGUCGAUGGUAAAGACUAUUACUUUGUCUCGAGAGAUGAGUUUUUGUCGAUGGUGGAGAACGAAGAGCUUCUUGAGUACGCACUUGUUUAUGGAGAAUACAAAGGGAUCCCUAAGAAGCAGAUUCAGGAAUACAUGGCUAAAGGGGAAGACAUUGUUCUUAGAGUUGAUAUUCAAGGAGCUCAGACGUUGAGAAGGAUACUUGGUAACUCCGCUGUGUUUGUCUUCCUUGUGGCGGAGAGUGAGCUUGCUAUGGUGGAGAGGUUGAUUGAUAGGAAGACGGAGAGUCAAGAGGAGUUGCUUGUUAGAGUUGCUACGGCGAGAGAAGAGGUUAGGCAUCUUAAGAGCUUUGAUUACGUUGUGGUUAAUGCUAAAGGGAGGCUUGAUGAUGCGGUUAAUCGCGUGGAAUCUAUUAUUGAUGCUGAGAAAUCUAAAGUUCAUCAAAGGAUUGUCAGGAUUUGAUUUGCAAGAUUGCUUGCUGUUUUUCUUCUCUGUGUUUUGUCAUCAUCUUCGAAGCAUCGUUUAGAGUAGAUCUUCUGUGCAGGUUGAUGGUAAAUCUCCCUGAUUCGGCAAACAGAUCAAAGAUCUUGAGCGUAAUUUUGGCGAAAGAAGAGAUGGCACAAGAUGUAGAUUUGGUUUGAGUGACCAACUCUCUUUGGGAGAAGUAGUAGAGGAUUAAAUAUCGCCAUCAUCAUAUAUAAUAUAUUGAACGGGUCUGCACAAGUACCAACCAAACACUUGUCUCAUGUCUUUUUACUCUGUUUCCGAAUCCAUUCUGUAAUAUUAUCAAUCUAAGUUGUCAGAGUCUGCUGCUCAAUAAUGAACAGUUUAUAGAGAAUAUGUUCAGGAUCAUCAUCCUCAUCUGAAGGAAACAACAUAUUUGUGUGA